AUGACGGCCUCUCCGGAUUACUUGGUGGUGCUUUUUGGGAUCACUGCUGGGGCCACCGGGGCCAAGCUGGGCUCGGAUGAGAAGGAGCUGAUCCUGCUGCUGUGGAAAGUCGUGGAUCUGGCCAACAAGAAGGUGGGACAGCUGCAUGAAGUACUCGUUAGACCAGAUCAGUUGGAACUGACGGAAGAUUGCAAAGAAGCAACGAAAAUAGACGCCGAAAGCCUGGCCUCGGCGCCGCAGCUGGACCAAGCGCUUCGACAGUUCAACCAGUCGGUGAGCAACGAGCUGAACAUUGGGGUAGGGACUUCCUUCUGUCUCUGUACCGAUGGGCAGCUUCAUGUCAGGCAGAUCCUGCAUCCCGAGGCUUCCAAGAAGAAUGUAUUGCUUCCUGAAUGCUUCUAUUCAUUUUUUGAUCUUCGAAAAGAAUUCAAGAAGUGUUGCCCUGGCUCACCUGAUAUUGACAAACUGGAUGUUGCAGCAAUGACAGAAUGUCUAAACUUUGAGAAGAACAGCUCAGUCCCCCGAUACGGAGCCUCUCAAGUGGAAGAUAUGGGGAACAUAAUCUUAGCCAUGAUUUCAGAGCCUUAUAAUCACAGAUUUUCAGAUCCAGAAAGAGUAAAUUACAAAUUUGAAAGUGGCACUUGCAGCAAGAUGGAACUUAUUGAUGAUAACACUGUAGUCAGGGCACGAGGUUUACCAUGGCAGUCUUCGGAUCAAGAUAUUGCAAGAUUCUUCAAAGGACUCAAUAUUGCCAAGGGAGGUGCCGCACUUUGUCUGAAUGCUCAGGGUCGAAGGAAUGGAGAAGCUCUGGUUAGGUUUGUAAGUGAGGAGCACAGAGACCUAGCGCUGCAGAGGCACAAACAUCACAUGGGGACGCGGUACAUUGAGGUUUACAAAGCAACAGGUGAAGAUUUUCUUAAAAUUGCUGGUGGUACAUCCAAUGAGGUAGCACAGUUUCUCUCCAAGGAAAAUCAAGUCAUUGUACGCAUGCGAGGGCUGCCUUUCACAGCCACUGCUGAAGAAGUGGUGGCCUUCUUUGGACAGCAUUGCCCUAUCACAGGGGGGAAGGAAGGCAUUCUGUUUGUCACCUACCCAGAUGGUAGGCCUACAGGGGAUGCUUUUGUCCUCUUUGCUUGUGAAGAAUAUGCACAGAACGCAUUGAGGAAGCAUAAGGACUUGUUGGGUAAAAGAUACAUUGAACUCUUCAGGAGCACUGCAGCGGAAGUUCAGCAGGUGCUGAAUCGAUUCUCCUCGGCCCCUCUCAUUCCACUUCCAACCCCUCCCAUUAUUCCAGUACUACCUCAACAGUUUGUGCCUCCUACAAAUGUUAGAGACUGUGUACGCCUUCGAGGUCUUCCCUACGCCGCCACGAUAGAGGAUAUCCUGGACUUCCUGGGGGAGUUCUCUACAGAUAUUCGUACACACGGGGUUCACAUGGUAUUGAAUCACCAGGGCCGCCCGUCAGGAGAUGCCUUUAUCCAGAUGAAGUCUGCGGACAGAGCAUUUAUGGCUGCACAGAAGUGUCAUAAAAAAACCAUGAAGGACAGAUAUGUUGAAGUCUUUCAGUGUUCAGCUGAGGAGAUGAACUUUGUGUUAAUGGGGGGCACUUUAAAUCGAAAUGGCUUAUCCCCACCGCCAUGCCUGUCUCCUCCUUCCUACACAUUUCCAGCCCCUGCAGCGGUGAUUCCUACUGAAGCUGCCAUUUAUCAGCCCUCUGUGCUUUUGAAUCCACGUGCGCUGCAGCCCUCCACGGCCUACUACCCAGCGGGCACUCAGCUCUUCAUGAACUACACUGCGUACUAUCCCAGCCCCCCAGGUUCGCCUAAUAGUCUUGGCUACUUCCCUACAGCUGCUAAUCUUAGCGGUGUCCCUCCACAGCCUGGCACGGUGGUCAGAAUGCAGGGCCUGGCCUACAAUACUGGAGUUAAGGAAAUUCUUAACUUCUUCCAAGGUUACCAGUAUGCAACCGAGGAUGGACUUGUACACACAAAUGACCAGGCCAGAGCUCUGCCCAAAGAAUGGGUUUGUAUUUAAGGGUCCCAGCAGUUAGACCAUCCUCAGAAAAGAAGUGUUUGAAAGAUAUAUGGUGAUCCUGAAGCCAUCAGACACAAGAGAACUUCUGCAACUUCAGGAGAAGUUUGUCUACCCUCAG